AUGAUCCACUUGGAUGAGAGAGUUAACUGCAACUGCAAAUACGACUGCAACUCUGGCCGGUCCACUGCCGACACACAGUCUGUGGGAGCCAGUCUGGACAAGACCCUUGCUGCUUGGAACCUGGGACAGGAAUCCCGCGCUGCCGUUUGCAAGCCCCCAUGCCCGCUUGAUGCUCCUCCUAGGCUCCUGGUCUGCUCCGUCAUGCCUGCUGCUGCUGCUGCUGCUGCUGCCGCUGCCGCUGCUGGCACUGGGAGGGACAACCAGGAACCCGGUGCUGAGGACUAUGCGGAAACGCCGUACCUAGUACUUUCUCGAGCUGGUCGCCGAUGGGCGUGCUCCGAGGUUGCCAAUACAUCCAUCCCCGUUGCCUCCAAAGCGAGAACAAUGGGCGGCGAACGACUAGUCGAGUGCGCGGCGGCAGACAGGGCCAAGCAUCUGCCCCAUUUCCCCUCCCGCAGAGCUGGCGCGCGGGUCGAAACACGAACGAACGACUUCCGCUUCGCCUCGCGUCGUACAUAG